AUGUCCGACGGGCCGUCUCGACCGGCGCACCGCGCCUCGCCCUCGACCUCCUCCACCGAACCAGGCCGCUGGUCACGAUGGGGCAAGACAGCAUUCGACAAAUCCAUCGUCGUCUCCGACUGGGCAUCCGGCUAUGCCAACGCCGCCUCUGCCAAGAUGGGCGGCGAACGCUUCUGGCCCAAAUCCAACGAUUUUCCGGAAGAGAUCGCCAAAUGCGAGCGCAUCCUCCGCGCCUUCACUGUGGAAGGCAUCGAGACCAAGCCCUCCACCACCACAUCCGAGGAGGGAGACAUUGUGGUUGAGAAAGAUCCCAAAGCGGACAGCUUCGUGCACAAAAAGCGCAAGGUGCUGCGGAAGAUCCCGCCAGCCGUCAUCAAGCGUGCGAAAGGGAUCGUGAUUUAUACGGCGAUGCGGUCGGGUAUCGCCCCGUUCGGUGGGGCGGGUGGUGCAGGGUUGAUGCUUGCUCGUCUCCCCGAUAGCAGUUGGAGCGCACCCAGCUCGAUAUCUCCCAACAACCUCGCCGUCGGCCUGUUGCUCGGGUUCGACAUCUUCGACGUCAUCCUCGUCGUCAACUCGGAUCGCGCAAUGGAGAGCUUCAAAUCGCACAAGGUCACUCUCGGAGCGGAAACGGCGGUUGCAGCAGGCCCCUUUGGCGCAGGCAUCAGCGGCGAGAUGGGUAUCGAUCGCAGUCCCGUCUUUUCGUACGUCCGAUCGAGAGGGUUGUACGGAGGGGUGGAGGCGAUGGCCCAAGCCUUUCUGCAUCGCUUCGACGAGAACGAACGGAUCUACUACUGGCCCGGUGUCACAGCGAGGGAUAUUCUCGAGGGGAAAGUUCGGAAGCCACCCAUCGUAGACCCCCUCUAUCGCGCACUACGGGACGCAGAGACGGGCAUCGCGCAGGGAGACUCGCUCGAACGGACAGUGUACGAGACAGUCCUCGCCCCGCCCAACAAGGCCGUCCGGUCGCUGGCGGCCGAGGAAAGCGCAGAACUGCUCGAGGACGGAGAGAGAUUGAAGCUGCCUCCGACACCAGAGGAGUUGGAGGCCAUGGAAGACGCAGGCAUUCCGGACGAGUACGAUUUGCAGAUGGAAAAGAUCGUCCAGGAGGAGGCGAGGUUGAAGGCGGAACAGGAGAAGAGGGAGAUCAUGGCGCUGCCACCGCCACCGCGGCAUAAGAAGGUGGUGGGCGUGUUGCAGGCGAGAGGCUCGACAGCGCCAGGAAAGAGACGUGUGGCGCCGCCGAUGCAGGAUGGAAAGCCGGGUCGAAGAGUCGCCCCUCCACCGCUAGACGACGGUGAAAAGGCAGAGGUAGAGGGGGACGAGACGGUGCAGGCGGACGAAGAGAAGAUGGACCUGAUCGACCUGGACGAACCCGAAAAGCCAGCGUUGCCGGUUCGACCUCGGCACGACGCCGCCGUCUACAGUCUCGCAGACGAGCUGCAGCGGUCCAGCUUGGACGGCACCGUCGACGAAGCCAAGGCGAUCAACUCUCACGCGGUCACAGAAACCGAAGCACCGUUGCUGGAAGAGCCCCUCGAAACCACAAAGGACGUUGGAAUGCCAAAAGCGACAGCAGGAACAGAUGGCGAGCCGGCUCCCCUGGUCGUCGCGCAUUCGAUCUCCGAAGCAUCCCGACCCAGCACACCCAAGACCGCCCUGCCUGAUCUCUCGGGGGACACCAUUUCCCGUUCAUCCUCCCUCUCGCGCCCCUCUCGCCCACCUCGUCGUGCCGCAGCCACACCAACCAUCACCACCGUCGCCCUCCCUUCCAACCCACCACGCCUACGCCUCUUCUUCGACUGGGACGAAACGAUUACCUCGCACGACACGCUUUCGCUCAUUGCGCCGCCUGAGGGCGAGCAGGCGCACGGUACGGCGUUCUCCUCCUACACCACGGCCUACCUGUGCGAUCUAGAGACGUUCGAGUCGACCUUUGGAACACGAGAGACGUGGGAUCGCCAGCUGGAGUUCCUGGGUCGGAUCGAUGAGGUUGAGCGGGCGUCUGUGGCGCGUGUCGAGUCGGGCGGGUUGUUCAUCGGCAUGUCGAAGCGUUCCCUUCUCGACCGAGCUGAACAGGUCGAAUUCCGACACGGCUGGGACGCCUUCUACACGUGGUUGCAGGAGCAGGUGGAGACCGAAAGCGUGAGUGCGGACAUCAUCAGCGUCGGAUGGUCCGCCGAGUUCAUCCGUCACGCCAUCGAGCGUGCCGCUGCCAAAGGCGUCAUCGACAGGGUGUACGCAAACCAAGUCGAGAUGGUGGACGAGGUGGCCACGGGCAAGUUGACCAAGAGCACACCGCUGUCGUUGGACGGAGAACUGGGUGGGGUCAGGACCGGACUGGACAAGUUGAAGAUCAUGCAGUCGGUGAUGAACGAUGGCGAGGUCAAGGUGUACGUGGGCGACUCGGCCACGGAUCUGCCGUGUCUCGUCAACGCCGAUUUUGGAUUGAUCAUGAAGCCGAACGAGAGCUUCGACGAGUCGUCGAUUUAUAAGGUCAUUCAGCGGACUGGCCCGCCGGUCAAGAAGCUCUACAGGGAGGUCAAGGAGUUUGUGGAGUCGUAUGCGAAGACAGAGACGGAAGACAAGGAAGGCGCUGUGCUGGUUCGGGUCGAUGAUUGGACCCAGGCGUUGGAGGUCAUUCAGCACAUCCAGGAGCAUGUCGUAAAGCCGCAGUAG